AGCCUCCAUCCUUGCAGCUGGACAGGAAGACACUAAUACCAGAGGGAAGAGGAACCUUAUACCUCCCUGGAAGGCUUUGUCACUGGAUCACAAGCUGUGCCUGGUGAUAGGAGGGCCUUCAUAGGACUGCCUCCUGCACUGGGGGGGUGGCAGGGGGACUGGGCAGGCCAGGCGAGGGUGCUGCGACUGCCCCAGACUGGGUCAGAACAUGCCCUCGCUGGUUUGGCUCAGUGGAUAGAGUUGGCCUGCAAACUGAAGGGUCGUGGGUUCAAUUCCAGUAAAGGGCACAUGCCGGGUUGCAGGCUUGAUCCCCAGUAAGAGGUGUGCAGGAGGCAGCUGAUCAAUGAUUCUCCUCAUUGAUGCUUCUAUCUCCCUCCCUCCCUGAAAUCAAUAAAAAUAUAUUUAAAAAACAAAUUUAACUGGGUCAGAACAUGGCCUGCGGGAGGUCACCGGCCUCUCCCCGGGGUGUGGCGAGGCCAGCCUUUAUAGGAGGCGCUGGCCAGAGCUGGAGUGCUCUGGUUGGCUGCAGGUAGGGUGGGCGGGGCCUGCUUCCGCUGGGAGGAGUGCGGCUGUGGCGAACUGGUGUCCCCGCUGAGUCCCGCUGCAGGGAGGAUCAUGAAAGCACAGGCGAGGCUGCCCCUGAUCCUGCCGAGGGCACUACCGUUCCUGCUGCUGCUGCUGGCUGCGCGCGGGCCAGCGGAAGACGUGCCUACCUACCCGUGGUGGGAUGUGGCCACGCGGGAGUGGCUGACGUGUGGCCAGUGCCCCCCGGGCACCUUCGUGCACCGGCCGUGCAGCAGGGACCAGCCCACGACGUGCCGCCAGUGCCCGCCGCAACACUACACGCAGUUCUGGAACUACCUGGGGCGCUGCCGGUACUGCAACGUGGUCUGCGGGGAGCACGAGGAGGAGGCGCGGCCCUGCUCCGUCGUCCACAACCGGGCCUGCCGCUGCCGCCCAGGCUUCUUCGAGCUCGCGGGCUUCUGCCUGGAGCACACGCCCUGCCCGCCUGGCUAUGGAGUGGUUGCUCUUGGCACCCCCACCCAGGACACACAGUGCCAGCAAUGUCCCCCAGGCACCUUCUCGGCCAACAGCUCCAGCUCAGGGCAGUGCCAGCCCCACCGCAACUGCACGGCCCUGGGCCUGGUCCUCAACGUGCCGGGCACCCCCUUCCAUGACACCAUGUGCACCAGCUGCACAGGCCCUCCACUCAGCACUCCAGAGCCAGGGGGUGCAGGUGACUGGAGGGGGACAGAGACCGAGGAGUGUGAGCGCGCCCUUGUGGACUUCGUGGCUUUCCAGAACGUCUCCUUCAGGAGACUCCUGCAGCUGCAGCAGGCCCUGUCGGGUCCGGGGGCAUGGACUCCCCGUCGGCCCUGGGAGGACCGCAUGUCCUUGCAGCAGACGCUGCAGAGGCAACUCAUGAAGCUCCGUGAGGCCCGGCCAGGGGCGUUGGUGGCGGGGCUGCUGCAGGCCCUGCACACAGCCAGGCUGCCGGGGGUGGAGCGCACCAUCCGAAAGCGCUUCUUCCUGGCCAGCUGAGCCCCGUAUUUAUUCUACUGACCGGGCACCGCGUGUCGUUUUUAUAAAACCCUUUUGUAAAACUGA